AAUCAGUCGAUGAAAUCGAAAACAAAAAAUGGUACGAAGUCGAACUUUUGGGAGGCAAAUUCGGCAAACUCGCCAAGAGGCAAAAGACUAUUCAGUCGGAUGAUCAUAGCCGGGUGCUCACAAGGGCUGGCAACCUGAACUCUUAAUCAGCAACCCUGAUGUGAUACAAGGGGAUUGAUGAAACAACACCUAUGACCACCAGACUGCGAUUGUGGUCGCCGCACAGCCUGAUACCGCCUUCCAUCCCACGUAGUCUAUUUUUCAGCUUAAACGGUACCUGCAAUGGCUUUCGAUCCGCCCCAUAGAUUUUACCUUCUUACGUCCCCUCGUACCGCUUCCAAUCUCGUGAUUCGCAUGCUCAACCUUCCGAAGCAGUCCAGUUUGUUUCACAGUUCGCAGGACGAGUAUUUCUUUGGACCUGCCCUGGGAUGCAAGUUCCAGCAUGAAACGAUUGGAAAGCACAUUGAUGAGUUGACGGAAUUGAAAAGGAAUGAGUUGAAGCAUUGCUACCAGACCUGCUUCGAUGCACUCUCGGAACACGGCAAUGCCGCAGCUGCACAGGGCAAGAAUAUUUUUGUGAAAGAACACGUCGGCUGGUUGGCAGACCCUGUGGCUGAGACCAAGUUCAUCUUUGGAGAGCACAGUACUAGUCAACCGUCAUGGACUGUCCAAAUGUCCUAUCCCUCGACAGUUUCUGCAUUGAACAAGACCAUCCUACCGGAUGAGUUCCUGAAGACUUGGCUGCCUACAUUCCUGAUCCGGCAUCCUGCGCUGAGUUUCCCGUCGAUCUAUCGUACGACCAUCGACAACGAGGGUCGCGAAGCAGCCAGAGCCGACCCAGCGCACGUCCUGGAAAUGACGAUGCAUUGGUCGCGUCGCUCUACGAUUGGUAUAUCCAGCAGGAUCAUCUGACUCGAUUCAAUGCCGAGAACGGGACGAACUGGCCUGUUAUACUCGAUGCUGACGAUGUCAUGCUAAACCCUCAAGUCAUGAACAGGUAUAGCAAGAUCGUUGGCCUUGAUCCAUCAAUUUUGAGAUUCUCCUGGGAGGCUACCAGCAGGGAUGAGCUAGAGUAAAUGUCUAGGACGGAAAGACGCAUGCGUUCAACGAUAUCAGCGUCGACCGGUAUUUUGAAGGAGAAGGCAUCAGCGGACUUGAGUAUUGAUUCAGAAAUGAGCAAAUGGAUGACCGAGUUUGGUGAAGAAGAAGCGCGGAAACUCGCCAGUUGGGUAGAAGCCGCGAUGCCAGAUUACAUUUAUAUGAGGGCAAGACGGCUGGGCCCAGUGUGACGAUGGACAGAAUGCUCUAUUGGUAAUGCAGUACCUUGGGUAGCCUUUUGUAUGACCAUAGCAGUCGAGAGGUAAAGAAAUGAGUCGCGAGCGGC